AUGGGAAGUCUUAUCCAUCUGGAGUAUCUAGAUUUGUCUGGGAAUCAUAUAACUGGAGGGAUACCUUUGAGCAUGGGUAAUCUUAUUUACUUGGAGUAUUUAGAUUUGCAUGGUAGUAAUAUUUCUGGAAAGAUACCUCCGAGCAUGGGCAAUCUUAUUCGCUUGGAGUAUUUAGAUCUGUCUGGGAAUUAUAUUACUGGAGGGAUACCUUUGAGCAUGGGCAAUCUUAUUUGCUUGGAGUCUUUGUAUUUGCAUGAUAAUAAUAUUAUUGGAGAGGUACCUCUGAGCAUUGGCAAUCUUAUCAGAUUGGAGUAUUUAGAUUUGUCUCGGAAUCAUAUUAUUGGAGAGAUAGCUUCGAGCAUGGGCUACCUGACUAGCUUGAUACAUUUGGAUUUGUCAUCUAAUGAAUUUUAUGGAUGUAUACCAAGUGGUUUGGGCAAUCUCGUCAAUUUGGAGGAAUUACGCCUAUUUCAUAACAAUAUUUCUUGUCAAAUACCAGAAAGCAUUGGCAGACUUCACAACUUGAUGCAUUUUGAUGCAUCAACGAAUAACUUGAUGGGACAACUACCAUUGAGUUUGGGUGAUCUAUGCAACUUAACGGAUUUGGAUUUGUCCAAUAAUAAUAUUGGUGGAGAACUAACAAACCUACUUGAUGGUUUGUCGAAAUGUCCACAAGGCUCCAAGUUAAAGUACUUACAACUUCAAGACAAUAAGUUGAAUGGGUUGGCUCCUUCAAAUCUCCGGCAAUUAGCUCAACUAAGAACAUUGGACAUCUCAUCGAAUUCAUUGCAGGGCGACAUUACUGAUGCUCACUUCUCCCAGCUCACUGACUUAUACUAUUUGAAUACAUCUUAUAACUCUUUGAAUUAUAUAUUAUCAGAUGAUUGGAUUCCUCCUUUUAAUGCUCUCUGGAUUGAUAUGAGCUAUUGUCAUUUGGGAACUAGAUUUCCUUCGUGGAUUCAAACACAAACAGCUUUGAGAUAUUUAUCUUUAUCUGGAGUUGGACUUUAUGGAAAUAUUCCAGAUUGGUUUUCAGAUUUUUUUUUGAAAAAUUCACUUAUUCAGCUUGAUGUAAGCUCAAACAAUUUGAGUGGUCAGUUACCUUCUAGUCUAUCUAUCGUCAUGGAUCUAUCAAAUAACUCUUUUGAAGGAAUGAUUCCAUUGAAUUAUAGAAAUCCAGAAGCUGUUCACAUAUUGUUGUUGUCCAAUAAUCAUAUCAAUGGUUGUUUGCCUGCCUUCUUUUGCAAUUUCACUAUGUUAAGGAUACUACAUCUAUCCAACAAUUACUUGUCGGGCGAGGUCCCAAAUUGCAAUGGCUCAUAUCCAAUUAGUUUGCACUCCUUGCACAUGAAUAAUAACAAUUUGUCAGGACCAUUUCCUUCUGUCUUAAGAAAUUAUAAAGAAUUAGUAACUCUUGAUCUUAGUGGAAAUAAAUUUUUUGGUGAAAUACCAAACUGGGUGGGAAGGAGCUUCCCGUUGCUAAAGUUUCUUCGUUUGAGCUCAAACUCAUUCGAUCAUGCUAUUCCAACAAAUAUUGGAAAUCUUACUUCCCUCCAAGUUUUGGAUCUUUCGUCCAACAAUCUUAUUGGCAAUAUACCUUCCUCUAUCACAAAUUUUACUUCUAUGGUUGUGAAACAAAACUACAGUGAUCAAUUGAAUGUUACGGAUAGCUAUCUAACGCCUAUUGUCUAUUCCGCGCUCUCAAGACAAUAUUAUUAUCAUGACCCCGAUCCGGAAUCUCAUUUCAGGGAUAACCAUCAUUUUUCUUAUUAUCGUGAGAAUAACAGUUAUGGUCCUCCUUAUGUUGAGUUUGACAGGGAAUAUCAUUUCAAGGAUUACAUUCUUAUAACUGCAAAAGGGUCAACUAAUGAAUACACUAAAGUUCUUAGUGCGGUGACAAGCAUAGACCUUUCAAACAAUGAGCUUUCUGGUGAGAUUCCACAAGAGAUCACAAAGCUACAUGGAUUGUACUUCCUCAACUUAUCCAACUAUCAUUUGUCAGGAAGGAUUCCAAAAAAUAUUGGUGUCAUGAUAGAAUUGGAGUCUCUUGACUUGUCAAUGAACCGUCUUAUGGGAGAAAUUCCUUUUGACCUAUCUACUUUAAAUUUUCUGGGCUCGUUGAAUCUCUCCUACAACAACUUGUCCGGCAAAAUCCCAACAGGAGGUCAAUUGUCAACCUUCAAUGACUCAACCUAUGUUGGCAAUGAGGGCCUUUGUGGUGUGCCACUUCCAGCAUGUCCUGGUGAUGAAGCUAAUCAUCAUUCACCAUCUCAAGAAGAAGAUGAAGAGGACGAUGAGAAGCUUGAAAGAGUUCUAGAUUAUGUCAUUAUUGUUAUAGGAUUUAUAAUUGGAUUCUGGGCAUAUUUGGGCAUAAUAUUCAUCAAAAAGACCAUAAGGAUUACUCUCUUUAGGAUGGUGGACAAGAUGUAUGUGCAACUCUCACUGAAGUUUACAAAGCUGAAAUUGAAAUGGCAAAAAAAGAGUUUAAGCCCUUGA